UAUAACGCGUAUUAAUGCUGUAUAUUAAGCGAGCGUUAAUAUUUUCUAUUUCUGUUUCGCAGGGAGUCCAAUGGCGUCCUUUAUUGCUACGAAAUAUAUACAUGACUGAAACGUAACCGCGGUAUAGUCUGCUAGCGCCUAGGUUAGCGCGCAUGCGCGAGAUUGGGCCUCUAUCUCCACAUUGCUCGGUGGAAAUCCGACGAUUGGCCUGUCAAGAGCAGCGAAGUUCGCUCUGGCGUGGCUGUUUCUUCCCGAUUAGAAUUAUAUUAGGAUUAUAAUUUUUUUUUUACUUAAAUAGCUUAAUUAUGGCAACCUGCGGCGAAUAUAUUCGUAGUCAAUUCCCAACGAUAGACGACGACUUGUAUCAAUACGUGGAAGGUAUCCUGGACAGUUCCAAGGACGACUUCGAGGAUGGCGACGAGGUGUACGAGGCGAUCGGGCAGGUGUUGCACGAGGUUGCGGACAAAUCAGAAAACGAGGUUAGACAAAUAUGUGUGAAAUUAUUGGAAAUAUUGAAAGGUACUUCAAAUGAUGAUAUAGACAGGAGAAAAAAUGGUGUUAACAAAGUAUUAAAUGCUCCGGUACACCUGGGUGCGUUAGCUGCUACUUUGGAAGCACAGGUUGAACAGAUCAAGAGUAUAUGGGUGACGACUAGAGAUGAUGCGAUGAAAGUAGACGCUAAGAAGCUAGAGAAGGCCGAGGCUAAAUUGCAACAGAAACAGGAGAAACGAAUCGUAAAUGAACAGGGAUUAGCAUCUCGCAUUAACACUGCCAAUAAUGUGGCUGAAAGUGCUGCUAGCGCGAGCCAAAUGAUGAGUAAGAAAGACAGUCGAAUGGAGACUAAAGGUGGAGUGAAUAAAGCUCAAGACAUCAGGAUAGAAAACUUUGAUGUUGCGUAUGGUGAUAGAGUGUUAUUACAUGGUGCUGAUUUAAUGCUCGCAUUCGGCAGACGGUACGGUCUGAUAGGUAGAAAUGGACUUGGCAAAACCACCUUACUUCGAAUGAUAUCGAGCAAACAGUUGAGGAUACCUUCACACGUGCGUGUAUUGCACGUCGAGCAGGAGGUAGCCGGCGAUGAUACGUCCGCAUUAGAAUCUGUCUUGGAAUGUGAUCAAGAGCGAAGUGCAUUACUCAGUCAGGAGGCGAAAUUACAGGCAGCAAUAGAGAAGGAUGGCUCUAAGACGGGUGAUUCAUUAGGUGAGGAAUUGGCACGGGUGUACGAAGCGAUGCAGUUAGCCGAAGUUGAUAAGGCACCUGCUAGAGCAAGUGCAAUCCUGUCAGGACUUGGAUUCACUGUUGAAAGGCAGUCCUGGCCAACCAAGGCAUUUUCUGGAGGUUGGCGAAUGAGGCUGGCUCUUGCGAGAGCUCUCUUCUCUAAACCAGACCUAUUGUUGCUUGAUGAGCCAACGAACAUGCUCGAUAUUAAAGCGAUACUCUGGUUAGAAAAGUAUCUACAAACGUGGCCGAAAACAUUACUUGUAGUAUCGCACGACCGGAAGUUUUUGGAUACGGUUCCCACUGAUAUUUUGUACUUACGUGGGCAGAAAAUAGAGGCGUACCGUGGUAAUUAUGAGCAAUUUGUGAAAACGAAAGGUGAACGCGAGAGAAAUCAGCAACGAGAAUAUGAGGCUCAGCAGGCAAAGAGAGCGCAUGUACAGGAAUUUAUCGACAGGUUCCGAUACAAUGCGAAUCGUGCGUCGAGUGUACAAAGCAAAAUAAAGAUGUUAGAGAAACUACCUGAUUUGAAGCCGAUGGAGAAGGAAAGCGAAGUGACUCUCAAUUUCCCUGACGUCGAACCACUGAGUCCGCCGAUAUUGCAACUUAACGAAGUCUCCUUUAGUUACAAUGAAGGAGUAGAUUUAGUAUUUAGCAAUGUGAAUCUUACUGCCAGUCUGCAGUCGCGCAUCUGUAUUGUCGGAGAGAACGGUGCAGGCAAGACUACUCUUUUGAAAAUCAUUACGGGCGCAUUGAGUCCUACGCGAGGCACGGUCCAUGUACAUCGUAAUCUAAAGUUUGGAUACUUUAGUCAACAUCACGUCGAUCAACUGGACAUGCGCGUCUGUCCCGUCGAAUUAUUACAAACACAUUUCCCUGGCAAACCUAUCGAAGAAUACAGACGAAUGCUCGGAAGUUUCGGAAUAAGCGGCAACUUGGCUUUGCAGACCAUAAAUUCUCUUUCGGGAGGACAAAAGUCUAGAGUGGCAUUCGCCCUAAUGUGUGCGGCAAUGCCUAAUUUUUUAGUGCUCGACGAGCCCACCAAUCAUCUCGAUAUCGAAUCGAUAGAAGCAUUGGGUAAAGCUCUCAAUAACUGCCAAGCUGGUGUAAUAUUGGUGUCGCACGAUGAACGUUUAAUCCAAAUGGUUUGUACAGAAUUGUGGGUUUGUGGAGAAGGAUCCGUUAGAUGCAUUGAAGAAGGUUUUGAUGAAUAUCGCAGAAUCAUUGAGAGGGAACUUGAAUUAUAAGAUAUUAAGUUUUGUCCAAUGUGAUACUCUCAUAAUUUUGCGUUAUCUUACAAGUAAUACAUCAUUGUGAAAAUUUUAGAGAAAUAUUGCUGUUUUAAAAUCAACUUGCGGCUAAUAUCUAUUAUAGUAAUAUAAUAGUAAUAUUUUCUUUCUGAACGUUUCGCCAAAAUAUCUUAUCUAUUUCUUAGAUGCUUUUCUCACGACAUAAAUUAAAUAUAGCAAUUAUCGAUUAUGUAUAUGUACGAUUUAUUCGUCUACUCGAUAUAAAUGUCUAUUUUCCCUUUUUGACAAUUACACAGAGAAUGCAUCUUUUUUCUUAAAUUUAUUAAUAAAUGCAUUAUAUUCAUUUUUCUUUAACACACUGACCUAAUAUGCUAUUCAACUGUGACAUGCAAUCUGAAUUUGGACAUUUUCAUACUAUAAACAUUAUUCUAUUAUAAAAAG